AUGGCCAUUUCAACGGACAGAAUUGCGUCUGAGCACCAGCAUCAACCCAUUGGUGAUUGUCCCCACGCCGUAGCUUUUACAAUCAUUCAGCGCCAUCGUGACAACCGUCAACGCUUUGACUCUGCCGACUACGAGAUGGCGCGACGCGUUCCGGAGCCAUGUAUCGGCUGCUCGUGCGGCAAACGUGCAUCGUCCGAUACUAUCGAUCCCGAACACGAACCGGAACCCGAAUUUGCCGAGUAUCGUGAUGAGAUCCGGUGCCUCCGUAUGCAGCGCUUCGACUCGGCCGAUUGGGCGGUACAGACACAGCGAGUGAAGCAGACGGAUUCGUCAUCGUCUGAGUUGGUCAAUGUCGCUCAGAUGCUCAUGGACCGACACGUACUCAAGCGGUUGGACUGA